AUGGAUGCCUAGCAUCUCAAAAGUUUGUCCCUAUCUCCUCUCUCCACUCAUUAUUUUAUUUCCAUCACAAAUUUCCACAAACUUCUCUCUCCUUCUAGGCUAAGAGUUUUAUCUAAUUGCUCUUAACAUUUUCUUUCUGCUUCUAUUCUAAAUUUCAUCUAUCUUUGAGUAGAUAAAGACUGUUGUAGCUGUCGGGUUUGCUAGAGAAGCAAUUUGGUGGAUUUUGUUGGUGAUUGAAGUGAUGGAAGUUGUAACAAACUCUCGAAUCCCGAAUCCUAAAGCAAAUCCACUCUAUUGUUGGACUGUAACUUCACCUCAGGUUGAAGUUCUAAGCCCAUAACAGUUCAUAAUAAGAGCUUUGGUUGAGUUGGGGUUAGAUUUCAGCGAUGCAGGUGAAGGGGAUGGGAAAAAUUACAUUUCAGCGAUGGAGGUGAAGGGGAUGGGAAAAAUUACAGGAUACAAUGAAUCUUAUGCUUGGAUAGAUGACACAGCAGCUUCAUUGAUGAAUAGAACAGCAACAACGACUUUCUCUUCUCUAGAGCCGUCCAAAAGUCUAUUGAUUCCCAAUUUUGGUAUAACCUCAAGACUAUUUAUUGCUUAUCUUAUGUAAUGUUUGAAAUUUAUGUCUUUGCGGUACACCAGUUCUUUUUUGAAUGAUGAAUUUGGUAUGUGUUCUUUCUCAAAUUAAUUUAAUUUACUCCUCUACGUUUGCUGAUAUGUUCAUAAGAGAAUCAUUUAUCAUAAUGACCUGCUUAUACAUCACAUAAGAGGAGUUAAAAUUCAUUUCAGAAAGACAUAGUUUUUAUUUUUUGUAGCGAUGAUCAUGAUAUUUCAUUUAUUAGGAUAUCAAUUUUUUGUUUUUAGUACUCUUUUUCCCCUUUCUGUUGACUGAUAUAAAAUUAUAGUUUGUUUGAACAAUAAUGAUCAAAUCUCUACUUCAUUUAAGGUUUAAUAACUUUUACGAGCAGCAAAUGUUGGUGGCUUCUACGUAGCUAUACAUUUUUUACCUCCUUUUAAGGUUAUUCUACUCCAAUUCCAUUUCAUUGGCUCACUGUGGGGAUGGUUGCGAUGAAUUCUUUGAGCUUAAGCUGAUGGGAGAACAAAAGCAGUGCCUCUAAAGCUAGGGAGCCAGGGGUAAAGCUACAUACAUACCACUCUACCUAGAUCCCACUUAUGGAAUUACUAAUAGAUAGAUGAUCUUUCAAUCCUAUAAUUAGAAAGUAGCUUCUCUGUCGUAUGGAAUGCUCAAUCAAAAACAUAGUAUAAGAUGUUAUGUUAUACUAUACGACAGUGACAAAAACAUAGUUUUUUUUUAAAUGGGUAACUUUAAAACGUAGUUAAAGAUAUACUUUAAACUUUGUAAAGUUGUAAUGUAGUAGAUCAAAGAUUCAAGAAAAUGCGUGUAAACUAGAAUGGAGGAAGUAAUUUGCACUUUAUACUAAAAGUUAAUUGUGUCUUUUGUUAAAGAAUAUUGGAUACUCUGCUCACUCAUUGCCUUAAAGUUUUGCAUUGGAUGUUUAAAUUAUUUAAUACCUUUGUAAUUUCUUUGAUGUGGAUGAGCUGUGAUGCUGGUAGAAAGAUGGAAAGGAAUGUUGUCUCAGUGGCAACAUCAACUGGAGAAGUUGUCACAGCAGAGCCCACAACAACUGAAAUGGCAACCACUAAGCUGCCAUCAAAGCUUGUCCAAAAAAUUCAAGAAGUUUGGAACAAAGUUGAUGAUAAGUACGCAGUCAGUUCAUUGGGUGUUGCUGCAUUUAUUCUGCUUUGGAGCUCUACAAGAGUGAUCUCGGCAAUUGACAGGCUUCCUUUAAUUCCUAGUGUCCUUAAGCUUGUAGGAAUUGGUUACACCGGUUGGUUUGCCUACAAGAACUUGAUCUUCAAACCCAACAGAGAAGUUUUGAUAGCAAAGAUCAAGGAUUUGUACAAGUAUAUUAUUGAAAGCAGCUAAAAGGGAAAUAGAGUCCCGAUGAUGCUGCAGAGACAUGGUCAAAAUAGAUUUCAGUUGAGCAAUCUUGUUGCUUUGCUCUUCAACCUGUAAACUCUGCUUCAUUGUUUUGCUGUCUUUUUAUUCUAACAUAAUAAAACCCAACUGAACUAUGUCUAUAUAUGUGCUUAUCUGUACAUUGUCUUAUCAUUUUCUCACCUUCAAUAUGUUUUCUUUAGCAGUUGGAAGUUAAUGUAUAUCAAUGCUGUCAAGUUUUUCCA